GCGUCGCCACCGUCGAGAUGCUGCGCUGCGGCCUGGCCUGCGAGCGCUGCAGGUGGAUCCUGCCCCUGCUCCUGCUCAGCGCCAUCGCCUUCGACAUCAUCGCGCUGUCCGGCCGCGGCUGGCUCCAGUCGAGCACCCACUUGCAGACGGCCUCGCUCUGGUGGAAAUGCCCCAGCGAGGGCGGCGGCACCGGGUCCCCCGAGCAGGGCUGCAUCAGCCUCAUGCAGUUCGCAUGGGGAAGAGCCGCGGCUGCCAUGCUCUUCUGCGGUUUCAUCAUCCUGGUCAUCUGCUUCAUCCUCUCCUUCUUUGCCCUCUGUGGACCCCAAAUGCUCAUCUUCCUGAGAGUGAUUGGAGGACUCCUGGCCCUGGCUGCGGUGUUCCAGAUCAUCUCGCUGGUCAUUUACCCAGUGAAGUACACGCAGGAGUUCGAUCUUCACAGCAACAUCGGCGUCACCUUCAUCUAUAACUGGGCCUACGGCUUUGGCUGGGCAGCCACGAUCAUCCUCAUCGGCUGUGCCUUCUUCUUCUGCUGCCUCCCCAACUAUGAGGAUGACCUGCUGGGUAACGCCAAGCCCAGAUACUUCUACUCCUCCGCCUAACGCGGGCCAGCGCAGCGGGAAACGCUCUGCGCAGACGCAGUCCAGAGAGAGCAACUCCGUGCCCCAGAUGAAUUCGAACCGACGUUUGGCAGCGAGCACGUGCUCAUCUUAUGAAACGAGUCAAAACUAUGCUAAAGUAGAAAAUAUGUCCUAAAUGGUGUCAGCGUUCCAUAGGCAUCUUUUAUACCUUGGGGUUUUUUUUAAUGGAGUUAAACAAGACUUCCUCUUUUUCGCUCAUUUCCUACCAUUUACCAACGUUGCCUAAUAUCUGUCACUGCCUAAUAUUGUGUUUGUAAAAGAAAGUGAAUAUGAAAAUGUACUUUUUUAAAUGGUUAGAAUGAUAAGGCUUCCAGGUUGUCAGUAACCUGAUUAAGUUACUGUGUUUCUCAGAGUGAACAGAGUGGGCCUAUUAAGGUCUAAAGAGAAGAGAGAGAGAUUAAAGUUGUUAGUGGCCAAAUGUUCUAAAAGAAAUGGGAGAA